AAUAGCUUACUUCAACUAAAAUGUGGGUCAUUGCACACUGCAAAAUUAACAUAUACUUCAUAGGCUAUAUUUAUUGCAUUUAUUUUGCAUGUAGCUAAUUUUACAUUUAGGCUAAUUUUAACUCCCAGAAAUAACAUUUCAUUUGAAAGAUCACUAAUGAAUAUUGUAAGGCUUAUUAAAAUGUUGAAAUGCACUUUUUUUCUCUCUCCUGUUAAACAGUUUAGUGAAGAUUCAUUGAAAUGUCGCGUUAGUCUUGACACAUUUCCCCUGAAGAUCCCGAGGUUCCUCAACCUUUAUAACCCUGGAGUUGGUGGUUCGUCCCACGUGGUUCCUUCAGUCCAGUAUAAAAACUUUCCAGAGGCUCAAAAGCGGCACAAUGUCUGUUCGCACGAGAAACGAACCGAACACACACACACACCGAGAGCUAUGAUGAAGAAGUAUAUUGGAAACGUACACUGGAAGUCAAAAUGCCCAACAAAGGAGGACACGAUCUUCAUCUGAAGAACUAAAAAGGCGAAUGAUUAUUUGGAGAUACUGUGGGCUCCUUCUUUACACUCGCUUCCCUUCACCAUGGAUGAUUUUAACUCAAUAGACUGAAGAAAUCACCGGGACAAAUCAUAACAGGUCCUUUGUUUAGUCUGUGGGGUUUUACACGCGUAACACUGAGAUUUCCAGUCAUGCCAUGACGCAUCAGACGCGUGCGUAAAAGUGUCAUUCGCGGCUGUACGUGGACAGAUAUCAAGAGCUCUGGUUACUUUAUUAUUUGCACAUCUCACAUUUAUCAACUUUGAGAAAUUCUGAUGGUGUAUCGAGCCGUUCUCACUGUGAUAUCGAUCCGAAUUGUGUUGAAAUCGUCGCGGAGUGACCAAAGACAAGAAUCAGCCGCAGGAACAUAUUCCAGGAUUUAUUGCGUUCGGAUCGAACCGGACCUCCUUUAAGAGUGGAUUUAACACUUUUAAGUCUCACUUUUUUGGGAGAAAAGAAGGCGGAUACGAACUUGGCCGCUUUCAUCUCCAUCUACCCCGCUCUCGUAUCCGCUCGGAACUGCUGCUUAUUAUCACGGAAGAUGAAAAGCUUGUUAUUCGAAGUGCUUUGUUUUGUGUCCAUCCUCAUCUCCAUCCGCUGCACACCGGCACCGGACACCGAAACCCCGAGCAUCAGCCCGAGCUGCGCGUCCUGCGGGCUCAGCCAGUCGGAUGGAGGCACACUGGUGGAUGUGGAUUUGUUGGAGGCGGUGAAGAGACACAUUCUGAGCCGCUUACAGAUGCGGGACAGACCCAACAUCACCCACCCCAUCCCGAAGGCGGCGAUGGUGACCGCGCUCAAGAAGCUCCACGCCGGGAAGGUGCGUGAGGACGGGAGGGUGGAGAUCCCAAACCUGGAUGGACACGCCGCGUCCAUGAACGAGGUGGAGGAGGAGACUUCGGAGAUCAUCAGUUUCGCCGAGACAGACGAAUCGCUGACCUCCAAAACCAGCCUGUUUUUUGUGAUCUCCAAUGAGGGCAACCAGAACCUGUACGUGUCCCAGGCCAGCCUGUGGUUGUACUUCAAGCUUCUGCCUAAUGUUUUGGAGAAAGGCUCAAGGAGAAAGGUCACGGUGAAGGUUUACUCGCAGGAACCCGGACUCGGGAGCAAGUGGAACUUGGUGGAGAAACGUGUGGAUCUCAAACGCAGCGGAUGGCACACUUUUCCAUUGACGGAUGCCGUGCAAAUGGUUUUCACCAAAGGUGAUCGCCGGCAGAACCUGGACGUACGGUGCGAAGUGUGCGAUAAGAUGGGCGUCAUGCCUAUUUUGGUGAACACGGCCGAUGAAUCCCACCGUCCAUUCCUUGUGGUCCAAGCACGAGCAGCCGACAACAAACACCGCAUCCGCAAACGAGGCCUUGAAUGCGACGGCAGCAGCAGUUUGUGUUGCCGCCAACAGUUUUACAUCGAUUUCCGCCUCAUCGGCUGGAACGAUUGGAUCAUCGCCCCGUCAGGGUACUUUGGGAAUUAUUGCGAAGGGAAUUGUCCAGCAUACAUGGCCGGAGUUCCUGGAUCGGCUUCAUCUUUCCACACGGCCGUCGUGAACCAAUACCGCAUGCGAGGAAUGAGUCCGGGAUCCAUGAACUCCUGCUGCAUCCCGACCAAACUCAGCACCAUGUCCAUGCUGUAUUUCGAUGACGAAUACAACAUCGUGAAACGGGAUGUGCCCAACAUGAUCGUCGAGGAGUGCGGCUGCGCUUGAGACUUCCAAAAUAUCAUAGUAAGAAACUAAUAUUUAUGACUUAUCUGUGCUCACAAAUCCACGCACACACCCCAACUCUUCCACGCAUCUUUGUACAUAUAUUUAUGUUCUUUAAUCAUCGAGCUAUUUAGUUCCAGUCUACAGGUUUGUAUGAUACUGUCAUGUCAAAGGGAUGGGAUUGCUUUUAUCUCUAUUUACACUCUUAAAAACAAAGGUUCUUUUUAUUGGCAACGAUGGUCAUCCAUUAGACAAAAGGUUCUUUAGAUUAAUAAAAUAUUCUUCACACUGGUACUUUUAGAUGGAUAGUUCAGCCAAAAAUGAAAAUUUUGAUGUUAAUUUACUCAUCCUCAGGCCAUCCAAGAUGUAGGUGGAUUUUGUCUUCAGUAGAACAGUGAAGAAGAUUUUUAAGAUGAAACCGUGGUCCUUGGUGAUUCAUAAAAUGCAAGUCAGCGGCUGCCAGCACUUUGAGAAUCAAAAAAGCAUAUACAGUCAAAACAAAAUGAAUACCCGUGGCUCCUGACGAUAUACUGAGGUCUUAUGAAGUGAAACGAUCGGUCGGUGCAAGAAAUUGAACAUUUUUUAUAACAUUAUUUCCUGUAAUCCAGAGCCUCAGGCAAACUGGGAAAUCUGAUUCUUUUCCAUGAACUGGUUUGUUUCAAUGAACUGAUUCAGUUCACUAGUUCAUUUACGCAAUGAUGCAAUGACGUCACGUAUACAAAAUUAUAUUAUUAAAGGACCCAAUAAUGAUGUGAAACAUGGAUGUUUUGCAUGUCUAAUGCAUAUAAACUGAAUUAACUAGUCUUCAUCAUCUUACCUUUUUACAUAAACAAUGAGAAACCAUAUAAACAUUCAUUUUACCGCUUCAUUCGAGUGUUUGGUUCAUGCAUGCACCUAUCAGCGGCCCAUCGGUCUUUGGUCCAAAUCGAACUGAGCGCUGAAUCAGUUCAUUCGUCAUAAGAUCAGAUACACCACCAUUAUGGCUCAUUUUGAGUCAGAGUGACUGUCAGGCGCCUCAAAGCGUGUUUUGAUUUAGUAACUUGUAGAUCUGUGCUGCUUAAGCCGUGAACUGUUUCCGACCGUUCAGUUCAAUCUGGUGAAUUGAUUGAACUUAUUCACUAAAAUGAACCUGUUCAACUUCAAAAGAAUCAUGCAUUUGUGAACUGGACAUCACUUUGGACCGUUUGCCUGAGGCUCUGGAUUACAAGUAAUAAUGUUGUAAAUAAUGUUCAGUUUCUUGCACAGACUGAUUGUUUUGCUUCAUAAGACCUCUAUAUAUCAUCAGGAGCCACAGGUAUUAAUUUUGCGUUCCUUGAUAUGCCUUUUUUUAAUUCUCAAAAACGGGCAGCCGCUGAUCUGCAUUGCAUGUAUUACCAAGGAUCACGUUUUCCAGUAAAAAUCUUCUUUACUGUUCUACUGAAGAACAAAAGUCACCUAUAUCUAGGAUGGCCUGAGGGUGAGUAAAUUAACACCACAUUUUCAUUUUUGGGUGAACUAUCCCUUUAAGAACUGUUGACUGAAAGAUUGUUUGGGGAACCAAAAAUGGUUAUUUUAUGGAAUCGCAAAGAAAGCCCCCUUUCGAAACCUUUAUUUUUAAGAGUGUAGUUUGGUUCUCUUUAAAAAUGGAAAGAGGAGGGGUGAUCUUCUCAAAAGACUUUAUCUGUGUACCUUCCCGAAAAGCACUGACCAUCUUCUCAAAGCAACGCCAGCACUUCCCACAUUGAGUCCAUUGAGUGACAACCAAUCCAUUCGAGAGCAUCCGUCUUCAGCGAACAUCUGCAAAGAGCUACAACAAUCCUUGGGUUUCUCGACAGACAUGAGAUCCAUUCAUAAAUCAUGAGGCGUGUUUUGUUAUGUCUCGGUUGUGAUUAUUCAUGCAACAAGCCGAAGACACGCUUCUGAAACACAAGCGAAUCCAGUGAUCUCAUGAAUUGCCAAACUCUUCAGUUACGUCAUGGUGCAGCAUAGCACUUGCAAAAAAUAUCGAAAAUGCACAAUAUAAAGCACUUGCAGACUUAAAAAUGCCUUUGAAGGUACCAAGUGGCGCGCCUCAUUCACGAUUCCUCUGAAAUAAGUGCCGCACAAGCUAUGCAAUGUAUAGUAGUGACCUACACCGGAUGACCCACUUGUUAUGAACUGUUUUCAAUACUUGAAAUGUAAACUUUCGCUUCCUACUCUGGGCGGAUGGUUGUUACAAUGUUUGCACUGAAGUUGCAUUAUUAGUAAAGAAAAAACCUGCCAUUGAAAAAAAAAAAGAAAAGUUAUUUUUAUAGAAGCUGAAACUGAAUUCUGUUCAAAUGUAUUAUACCGAAUUAUGGAACCAAAGAGGCCAAGAUUUUAGCUAUUGUGAGAUGGCAAGGCCAUCGGAUUCUUUUGUAAAAUACUUUUUAAAUCGCAAGAGGCCUAAACAAUGUAUCAGGGUACAACAGAAUGGAUUCCAUUUUCAAGUUGUUGUUUUGUACAGUAGAUAAAUGGAAUAUUUCAUAUUUUUCCAUCAAUUUAAUUUUUUUUUUCUUUCAGUUUUCUAUUUAAUACUUCUGUAGCGUCUCUUCCGGAAUCAUUUAGAGUCAAAUACAUGCCAUCUCUGUACAGCUUAUGUAAGAUAAAAAUGCUUUUAAAUAUUUUGUUCUUUGUAACUGUUAUGAAAUAAAUUUCUUAU